CAUCCUCUUUUCCAUCUUCCCUCGCCCUUCUUCUCCUCCCACCCGGCUCUUAACGCAGCCAGCUUUACACUCCUACCAAAUGACCAGUACUCUCCGACAACGUGCGGUCACUCCCCCUGCAGGACAGGUCGAGAAGGACCAGCUCCUCCGUGAAGCUGAAGAGAAGGAAAUCUCCCAGGGUCAGCAAUUCAUCGUACCCAACUUUACCAUCAAGCAACUUCUCGAUGCCAUCCCUGCCCAUUGCUACAAGCGCUCCGCUUUGAGAUCUUCCCUUUACGUCGUCCAGGACGUGGUCGUAAUUGCGGCACUCGUAUAUGGUGCCUUCCACAUUGACUCUUUGCUUGGCAGAUUCUCUCUUUCUCCUGUUGCUUAUUACGCCGCGAAGUUCGCUCUUUGGAGUGCCUAUUGGUUCAUCACCGGUCUUUUUGGUACUGGUAUCUGGGUUAUCGCCCAUGAAGCUGGUCAUCAGGCUUAUUCUUCCAGCAAGGCUAUCAACAACGCCGUUGGAUGGGUUUUGCACUCUGCUUUGCUUGUUCCAUACCACAGUUGGAGGAUUUCUCACGGUCGACACCAUGCUGCGACCGGCCACUUGACUCGUGAUGAGGUCUUUGUCCCAAGGACUAGGAAACAGCUCGGCUACCCUGAAGUUGAGGAAGAGGGAGAGAUCCUUGGAAUCAAUGUCUCUAAGGAGCGUCAAAACCAGCUUCGCGAGGCUCUCGAGGACUCUCCUAUUGUGGUAUGCUACAAUCUCUUCCUUCAACAACUUUUCGGCUGGCCUAUGUACCUCAUUCGCAACGCAUCUGGUCAGCUUCAUUACCCUGAGAAGACCAAUCACUUUUCACCUCAUUCAUUCAUCUUCAAGGCCAACCAGUACUGGCAGAUCAUCUGGUCUGACAUCGGUAUCGUGCUUGUUUUUGCUGCUCUUGCCUUCUGGGCUUCUCAGAGAGGUAUUAAGGAGGUCGCUACCAUCUAUGGUAUCCCCUAUUUAUGGGUUAACCACUGGCUCGUCUUCAUCACCUUCCUUCAACAUACCGACCCUGUCCUCCCCCACUACUCUGCCAACAAGUGGACUUUCCCGCGUGGUGCCCUUGCUACCAUUGAUCGUGACUUUUUGGGUCCUGUUGGCGCUUACGCUUUCCACGGUAUUACCGAGACGCACGUCGCCCACCAUAUUUCUUCCAAGAUCCCUCACUACAAUGCUUGGGAAGCUACAGAGGCGCUGAAAAAAUUCCUUGGUCCUGCCUAUCACAAGAGUAACGAGAACAUGUUUGUGUCUUGUUAUAAGUGUUAUCGAGACUGUUUGUUUGUUGAGGACGGUCAGGACAUCGUGUUUUACAAGAACGCAUCUGGUUUAGCUCAACGAGUACCUGUUGAGGAGAAUGGCAACAUCUCCGACUCUGGUAUUGAUAUGGCCGAGUCGAAGUAGUUUUUUCUUGAGCUGUAUAUGCGGGGAUUGUAAAUAUCCGUGGUUCAGGCAUGAAACUAAACAGAUAGCAAUUGUAAACGAACUUCCGGUACUUGGAAAAGCAUUCGUCGAGGAGAGGUGCUUUACAAAGGGUAAGCGGGCUCAAGGCCUUUUGGGAUCAGGAAUUGGUACAAAAUUCUCUACGUUUCUGCUCGUGUUGGGGUAUAUUGAUGGAGCGAUGGACUACUGUCAUAAAGGCGCUUGGGUUCUACUACCACAUCAUACGAUAUAAAUAACUGGUUGAUGGCGUGUUUUGGUGUAAUCUCUUGGCUGAUCCAGUAGCUAGUAGACAAGUUCGUCCGUUUGUCCGCUGUUCGCUAUUCCUAGUUUAUUGUCUUACCAUUUUUUUUCUUGUUUUUCCAUUCUGUAGUGAAACUGGAAUACAAACGGCAGACCAAAGGAUGUUUAGAGGAGUAUCAAUAUGACGUUUUGGAGACUUUGUUCAGACAGACGAAUUACUUGAAUUCGUGCGUGCAUA